CCGUGCCUGGUGGGCGCCCGCGUCCCACCCCGCUGGUGCACCAUGGCGUCCCGCAUCGGCCUGCGGAUGGAGCUGAUGAAGCAGCAAGCGCAGCAGGAGGCCGAGAGGGAGCGCGUGCAGCAGCAGAUGAUGAUGAACUACAUGCAGCAGCAGCGGAUGCCGGUGGCCUCCACCCCGGCCAUCAACACCCCCGUCCACUACCAGUCCCCACCGCCCGUGCCCGGGGAGGUCCUCAAGGUUCAGUCCUACCUGGAGAACCCCACCACGUACCACCUCCAGAAGUCGCGGGACAAAAAGGUUCAGGCCUACCUCUCCGAAACCUACGGGAACAAGUUUGCUGCCCACGUCAGUCCCGUCAGCCACUCUCCCAAGCCACCCCCUGCCGCGUCCCCCGGCGUCCGACCCAGCCACGUCAUGUCCUCCUCGGCGGGCAACAGCGCGCCCAACAGCCCCAUGGCCAUGCUCAACAUCGGCUCCAACCCCGAGCGGGAGUUCGAUGAGGUCAUCGAUGACAUCAUGCGCCUGGAUGACGUUUUGGGCUAUAUGAAUCCCGAAGUCCACAUGCCCAACACACUGCCGAUGUCCAGCAGUCACAUGAAUGUCUAUAGCGGGGACCCCCAGGUGACGGCCUCUCUCGUAGGUGUCACCAGCAGCUCCUGCCCCGCCGACCUCACCCAGAAGAGAGAGCUGACAGAUGCUGAGAGCCGAGCCCUGGCGAAAGAGCGCCAGAAGAAAGACAAUCACAACCUGAUUGAGAGACGGAGAAGGUUUAACAUCAACGACCGCAUCAAAGAAUUGGGGAUGCUGAUCCCCAAGGCCAACGACCUGGACGUGCGCUGGAACAAAGGGACAAUCCUGAAGGCAUCUGUGGACUACAUCAAGAGGAUGCAGAAGGACUUGCAGAGGUCACGAGACCUGGAGAAUCACUCACGGCGUCUGGAGAUGACAAAUAAGCAGCUGCUGCUGCGCAUCCAGGAGCUGGAGAUGCAGGCGCGCGUCCACGGGCUGCCCACCUCCUCGCCCUCGGGCGUCAACGUGGCCGAGCUGGCUCAGCAGGUGGUCAAGCAAGAAGCCAGCGGGGACGAGGGGACGCUGGAGCCGCUGCUGCCACUCCCGGACCCCGAAUCGCAGCCACAACCGGCACUGCCUCCGCCACCCCAGUCUCCCUACCACCAGCUGGACUUUACCCACAGCCUGAGCUUCGACGACGGCUCCCGGGGCUUCCCAGACAGCCUGGAGCCUGGCCACAGUGCUUCUUUCCCAUCCCUAUCCAAGAAGGAGCUGGACUUGAUGCUGAUGCAGGACACCAUGCUGCCCCUGGCCUCCGACCCCUUGUUCUCGGCCAUGUCCCCGGAGGCCUCCAAAGCCAGCAGUCGCCGGAGCAGCUUCAGCAUGGAGGAUGCAGACAUGCUGUGA